UUCAUUAUGUCCACACAUUUUCAUCAUGGGACCAUGGAAGACUGAAGACUACUGAACACAUCCUGGAAACAUCUAAGCAAGAUCCUAAACAAGCAGAGUCCUAAAAUUGUACCUUGGAAAAUACUCUUCCUUCCUGAUAGAAUGGAUUAUUCUGAGACUGCUCUAAACCACAUGGCCCCUAACCAAACCGCAGUAACGACCAACUCCUCUAUGUUUUUUUACUUUGAAUCCUGUCAGCUGCCUUCUCCAGCCUUAUUUAUCCUACUCAUUGCUUAUAUCAUAGUCAUAGUUGUAGGCCUUUUUGGAAACCUCUCACUCAUCAUUAUCAUCAUUAUCAAAAAGCAGAGAGAAGCUAAAAAUGUCACCAACAUCCUAAUUGCCAACCUCUCCCUGUCCGACAUCCUGAUGUGUAUCAUGUGUAUCCCUUUUACAGUCAUCUAUACACUGAUGGAUCACUGGAUAUUCGGAGACACUAUGUGUAAACUGACUUCCUAUGCACAGAGUGUCUCCAUCACUGUUUCCAUAUUUUCAUUGGUCUUAAUUGCUGUUGAAAGGUAUCAGCUAAUUGUGAACCCCCGUGGCUGGAAACCUAACAUAUCUCAUGCCUACUGGGGCAUCUUGCUGAUUUGGCUGUUUUCACUCUUGCUGUCGGUUCCCUUCCUCCUGUCCUACCACCUCACUGAUGAACCCUUUCUCAACCUCUCCCUCCCCAGUGACCUCUACAGCCACCAGAUGGCCUGCGUGGAGGACUGGUCCUCCAAAGUGAACCAGCUCCUCUUCACCACCUCCUUGCUCAUGCUCCAGUACUGCAUCCCCUUAGGCUUCAUCUUCAUCUGUUAUCUGAGGAUCCUGAUCUGUCUCCGUCGGAGGAAUGGGAAGGUAGAAAGGAUGAAGGGGAGUGAAAGCAAGAGGAUAAACACUGUGUUGAUCUCCAUUGUGGUGAGCUUCGGGGCCUGCUGGCUACCCCUAAACAUCUUCAAUGUCAUCUUUGAUUGGUAUCAUGAGGCCCUGAUGAGCUGCCACCACAAUCUGGUAUUCGUGGUCUGCCACCUAGUUGCUAUGAUCUCCACGUGUGUCAACCCUCUUUUUUAUGGCUUCCUCAACAAGAAUUUCCAGAAGGAUCUGUUGGUGCUCAUCCGCCACUGCCGAUGCUUGACGCCUCAAGAGAAAUAUGAAAACAUUGCCAUUUCCACCAUGUACACAGAUGAGUCCAAAGGAUUCUUAAAAUUAGCCCCUAUCCCAGCAGCAAUCUAAAAACAUGUGCUGCUUUAAUGUUUUCCAUCUCUCCAGUACUGGCUGUAGCUCUUUGUACAUGUAGCUAAUUCAUCUGGAUAAGGUCAUUUCCUUGGAGAUUAAAAAAAAAAAAGCUAGUCAGGAGUUAUUCCCAAAUCACUUUGUUUCAGAAAGAUGGCCUCUUAAAAAUAAACAUAUCAGAAUUCAUCCAAGAUAGCACUGCAUCCCCCUUAAAAUGAUCAUCCUCACUUAACUUCUUCAUUACAUUACUGAAUACUAGAUAGACAAAGCUCUCUAACAACCAUAAAUCUACUUGAUCUUGGGAGUUUUCAGAUGCUAUCUGUAACAAUAAAGUAUCCCUAGAAAUUAAAGGCAGGUCUUUAUUUCAUCCUGUCCUUACAAAAACUGUACAGUCAGUGAAGUUCUUCCAUGUUCUUAGUCUCCCAAGCCUGGGUACCUAGAAUUUUUGAUCUUUUACCCCUCUUUCCUAUCAAAGCCUUCAUCUCAGAAAAUUAUAAAGAAAACUCAUUCAUACUAAAGAGUUUACACUGCCAUGUAAAUAUGAAGUAUCAUUAUUUAGCUCUCACUCAUUAAACCUUGCCACAUGGAACAUAGUGGAUCCAGUCUUUAGAGCAUGUGGACAUAUGUUGCUGUUGUCCAUCUACUGCUUCUGGAAAUGUGUGAUGGAGGUACC